GUCAGACUUAGCUCCUCUUGUGCUGUGUAACUAUUCUAUAUAACAAAAAUGAUUGGAUUCCUUGCUCUGGGUAUGUUCCAAAUGUAUAAAACUUCUGAACUAAAAUAAUGGCGAGUCUAGCGUAUUGGAUAUCCAUCCUGGUGAUUUAUAAGACAGCUUUGUGUAUUGAACAACCAUACAGACUUGUUGUGAAUACCACGUGUUUGGAGAUGAAUAAUCAAGAUCGUCUGUCGUGUGGAAGCAAUGGAGAUUAUCACUGCCUCCUUGAUGAACAUUACUUUGAUGAGUAUGAAGUGUGCAGAGGAUGGAAGUGGAUUCCAAGCGGCAAGUGUGCAUAUUUUAAUACGUAUGGAAGAGGAAAUGUAGACGAAAGAGAUUGUGAUUAUACUCCAGGAUUGACAUGUCCAACGGCACAGUACAGGUCUACGGAUAAUACUCAAAAUAGUGCUUGUUACGUUAGGAAAGAAACCACAACACAAAUAAGUAUAAACGUAAAAGGGAAUAAUGGUACUUCUGGAGGGAUGGGAGUAUGUUCAACAAAUAACCAGCACAGGUUGGUGUAAAAUACAUAUUUUUUU